GAUACUUUUAAAUGAUUGAACACUUUACUCUUUCAUUAAGGAUUUAUUAUAAUUACUCUAAAUGUAAAAUACCUAUCUAUUUGUAUGUUUGAUCUUUUCAGUGCAAAAAACACGAGUGUACCCUAAGCAUGAGAUUACAUUCACACUAUACAUGCGUGAGGAAAACUAAUGGUUUACUCUCAGGCAAGAAGGGUCAAAUAGUUAUUGACUUGUGUUGGACAGGUUAGAGCAGUCUGACUUACUAAAUAUAUUAAAGAUCCCAAAAAGUGUUACCAGAAGUCCCGUUGGCUUAGAGGCGAAGCCACAUUUGGAACGACUUUUUAGUUUAAACAGUUUACAGUUUUUACUGAAGGUGGUGCAGUGGGGUUGCCAAAAUGAGAGGCCCCUUUAUGACAAAGUUUAACCAGACUCAAUUUUCCACAAACGUCUCGCCAGCGACUAUGGAGACUAACAUGAAAUAAUUAAUGGCAUUGAGUGUUACAAACUGCUGUGUUUGGGGAUCUAAAAAAACAUUGAACACAUGAAUCUGUUACUCCAACUAGACUCAAUUGUAUUUCCAUGUAUCCACAGUAGCUUACAUGUCAUACUCCCACCAUUGCAGCCCCCCAUGCUGUUAUAACACAUGGCUGUUUUAGGGCUAAAUGCCUUAAGGCCUCACUUUGUAGUCUGGUUUAAGCAGUGGUAAGGCAAGGCAAGUUUAUUUAUAUAGCACUUUUCAACACAAGGCAAUUCAAAGUGCUUUACAAAAAAUGAAAGACAUUAGAUGGUAACCUAGUAGUCUACAUUUACUUAAGAAUGCUACAUUUACAUAAGGCAUACUUUUUUUUUACCCCUCCGGGUGAAAAUCAAUAUAAAAGAAAAAUAUUCUACAAUAUAAGCCCUCUAGAGUACUUUUGAUGCCGGACGCAGGCCUUCUUUUUGUUAAAUACUUUUAUUUUACAUUUUGAUUUCAGAAUAUUUGCAGGGCUGCAAACUGUCAGGUCUUUUAAAUUACUUUUAAAACACUUUCUCUUAUGUUAUUGUAUUGCUUGUUUUAUUCUCAAAUGUAAUAAUAUUGCUGUUUUUUAGAUUAUUUUAUUCUCUGUGUAUUGAAAUGUGUUCGUUUUUUAUUUAGUCUGUAUAAGUCUUUAUUAUACCAUGGGUUCUACUUAUACUUAAGUAACGGAUUUGAGUAGCCUAUAACCACUGGGUAUAAGAUGGUGAAGAGGCCUAUACAGACUUUUUACGUUUAAACAAGUUUCGGUUCCAGGUUUAACUAUAAACCAUAAUAAAACGUUUCCACUUGCCUCAAUAACGCAUAUUAUGUAAAAUAAUGUAGGAAAUCCUGGCUGCAUCUGCUGGUUCCUGAAGAGAGUAAUACUUUUCACUCCCUAAAGCCUGAGCUGAAGAUGUAUUACAAACCUCAGCAGGGAAACCAUACCACCUGUAACCCACCACAGUAAACCCAGCUGAUUCCCUCAUUUUAACUCUGUGUGACUGCCUCCACAUAGUUUUAUGAUCCGUAGCCUGCCAAUAGGAUUCAGGCUGAGUUCUCUCAGAGGGAGUGGAAGCUAGCGUGUUCAGGCAAGAUACCCAUGCCUCACUUUGCCUACAAUGCCUCAUCCUUAUUUAGUCAGGAAACCUCAGAGUACCUCUAAUUGCUACGAGAGUCUCACGUUUUGAUGUGUAUCUCCGCAAUGGAUCAUACAAAUAUGUGGGAAAAGUGAAGUUGAAUGAGAAUGCAGGGCAAGGCCAACAUGGAUCCACAGAAGAAGUCCAUGGGAGAGAAGGCUCAACAUAUUCAGCAGCCUGAAGGUACUGUGAAAUGAAAGACUGACUCAUGCUAAUGAUUCAUAUAUUAAGCCACUGUGUGGUAAUAGUACGUUAAAUCAAGAAAACCGUAAUUGCAUUUACCAAAAAGAGACAUUUUAUUAUCUUAUUCUUCCUUAAAUGUAUUUCCUCAAAGGGAUUUUUCCAGGUAUGUGUAUUUGGCAUUGUGGCAACUGAUUGCCUAAUACACACUUCUUUUUUUACAUGAUUUGUUGUGUAGCAUGUAAAACAUGAGAAACAAAAGUAAAAUAGGUCUCAAUUGUCGUUAAAUGUUGUCUUAUAUCAGAAAACACUUAGGUAGCCCCAAAAAUACUUUAUUUUCUUCUGACCUGAAGUAUAUCAAUUUAGAUUUGUGUUGUGAGUGUUGGAUAUAUGAGCUCUAGGGCUGUCUGCCUUCUCUCCCAUAUAGUGGAAUUAAAUAGCACUGGGCUCAUGGUGCUCUAAUCUCCCAAAAGUACAAUUGAAAAACUCAGCAAGGUCUCUUUCCAGAAAUCAUGACCCAGUUACUAAAGAUAAUCCACAGACUUUGUUUUGAGCAUUCUCGUAAAAUAAAUAUUUUCUUUCGAACUUUCGUUGCCAUCCAGAAGCACAAGCCUGUCAUCCAUUAAGCCGGGAUGCACACGUUCUUCAGCACAAACCACAAAUGUGCUACAGAGUUAAAGUGGGCAUUAACAUAUUCUAACAGUGUUUGGUAAAUUACUGCAUCUUAGUCCGUUUUCUCUUUCCCAGAUGAGAAAAAAGCAGUGCAGAAGAGAACCUUCACCAGCGUGAACCUCCGAUUGAAGUGUACGACCUGUUCACAGACAUUCAAGAUGGAAGAAUACUCAUGGCUCUGCUUGAGGAGCUGUCUGGGUGCCAACUACUUUACAGGUUUAGGUCUUCUUCCCACCGCAUUUUCAGACUGAACAACAUUUCCAAGGCCCUGGCUUUCCUGGAUGAUAGACAUGUGAAGCUGCUUGGCAUCGAUGCCUCUGGCAUUGCUGAUGGGAUUCCCUCUGUUGUUCUUAACCUUGUCUGGAACAUGAUCCUGUAUUUCCAGGUAAAAGAAGUGACAGCAGGCCUCCAGAGACAUUUAUCUUCUAGCCUCUCCUCCUUAUCAAUGAGCAGUUACCCCUCCUCCAGCGACCUCUCGCCCCCGCCAAAUGACAUUGGCAGCUAUUUCUGCAGCACCCUGCCAAGCAAAUGCAAAAAGGCUGCCAAAGAGCUAAAGUACCAUGGGAAAGCAAUCAAGACUCUACUGCGAUGGGUCCAAAGAUGCACAUCAAAGUUUGGAGUGGAGGUUCAUGACUUUGGGAGGAGCUGGAGGAGUGGGCUGGCCUUCCUCGCUAUGAUAAAGUCCAUAAACACAGCCUUGGUUGACCUAAGGGCGAGCCUGUCCAGAGAGCCAAGAGAAAACAUUAAGCUGGCCUUCAUGGUAGCCCAUCACAAUUUGGACAUACCACCUCUGCUGGAGCCUGAAGAUGUGUCAGGCACUUCACCAGAUGAACAGUCCAUCAUCACCUAUGUGUCGAUGUUCCUGAGGUUUUGUCCAGACAAAGACGAGGAUGAUACAACAGAUAUGGAAGUUCCUGAUAUCCCACAUUUUGGAUCACUUGAGUCUGUCAGUAUUGGAGAAACUCUCGCUGAUGACCCAGAUGCCCAAGCAUUGCUCCAGGGCAUGAAGAAGAGCAGUGAACAGCUACUCUGGAAACGGUGGGCAAGGAGAUCCCAAGGGAGCCCCUGUGCCACCUCACUUCACACAACUGAAACCACGUCACCAUUCAACCAAUCGAAAAGCAGGAGUCGAAGCAUUUUACGGCCUCCCAGUCCACUGGAUGCAGGCGUUGCCAACCAGGAUAUCCGAUCAUGGAUGGAGAAAGCACCUGCGGAUCAGGAGUACAGCAAGCCAAGGGUGGACGAAAGUCACUUUUCUUUGAGCUCAGAGGAAGGAAUCUACAGCUUGUCGGCACUGGACUCAGACGAGGAGGAUGCCUACAGCUACAUACUUGAUCUGAAUAAAGAGGUUUUUCAACCAUAUAAUCAGAUACAAAAACAAGUUCCGAGGGUUGAAGAGGAAACAGAGGAAGAAAUGUUUCUGAAUGGAGAGCAUGCUGAAUCAAAACAUCUGGAAGAAUGUGAGAUUUUAAACGGCAGUGGAUGUACACAUCAAGAAGAUUCCCUAUUGCAACAUGUUGCAUCAGAAGUCAGGGAUCAGUCAGUGGCUCAUAGGAUGUUUGAUAGGGAUAAAAAUGAAAGGAGUUCCACAGAGGUGGCAGACAGCAUAGCUGCAUUUGAUAUAGAACCAAAGGAAGACAGCAGGGAGGAACAGGAAGAUGAGAGAGUUGUUAGAGGACAGAGUAAUGACGCUGGAGAUGACUCUGAGGAAGAGAGGGAGAAGACAGAAAAUGCUAGAUUUGUAAUGCAUGGACAUGAUAAAAGGGAUGCUCUUAUAGAUGAAUCCAAGAACACAAGGGUUUUCGAAGCCGCUAGUUGGAAUAGAGAGGUUGAGGAAGACACUGAAAAAGGGCUUUUUGAAAAAUGUCGACAAGUGAGCAAAAAGGUGCUUGAAAGUGAAGAGGAAGAACAUGGGGUGACAUUUGAGGAACGGCAGCAGGGGGAAGAAAGAGUUGAAGAGGAUAAUGUAAAGGAGGAAGAGAGGGAAAAGUGGGGAGGUAGUGCCAAGGUAGGAGAAAAUGGUAACAUAAUAACUGACAAGGCUGUAAAUGAAGUCAGCAGAGCUGAUGCAACUACAACAAACUCAAAAGAAGAAUAUUAUGGGAAAUACAAUGCCCAAAAAAUAAAUAAUUUAUCUUCUAAAGAAGAAAACAAGGCACAGUACAAUGAUGAAGUCAUGAAUCCAAUGGAUUUUGAGAAAGUCAAAACUGCAGAGCUUAACGACAGAGACAUUAAGACUGAGAAAUGUAAACUUGCUGUCAUUAAGGCAACAACAGGAGACCAUCCUGCCAAAACUGCCCCCAAAAAUAACACCAACGGAGGUGUUAACGUCCAUCCUGCCUCCAGUGCAACUUCUUGGUUAUUCGGAGAAAGAGGAUUCCUUUUUCAAUCUCCAGCAGCCUUUUGUGGCAUAACCCCAUUAGAGCUGGAAAUGCUCUUGCUCCUGUGGAUCCUGCUGUACUGCUACUUCAUCUUACCUCAAAUGAACUUCUGAGUCACCCUGCAGUGAGCCCUCCCUAUUACCAGAUGUUUAAUAUACUACCACCUUAAAAUCAAUUGAGGUUCACCUUUGGACAUUUUAGAAAUCUGACUUUCAACCCAACUUUUAUCCAAUUGACGUCUUUGACAAAUUUAAUCCUCAACUGUCUAUCACAUUUUUAAGAUUAUUUGUGGUUUCUGAGUGCACAUUGUCGUUACUGUUCUUUGGGUUGUGUAUCUAUCACCUUUUAUUUAAGUUUCUCAAUGCUUUAUUUUGUAUAGUAGAUGUUUUGUAUAGUAAUGCAUUUACUAAUAUAUUUUUUACAGAGGUGAAUCUCUUUUAGCUUACUCAAAAGGAUUUAUGGUUUAUUGAGCAGACAUUAAAUGUCAUCUCAAGAGUUGAACUGUGAAAUCACACUUAUGUCCUUGAGGUAGCAUUUUAAACUAAUGACAGGAAAGAAAUGUAAACUACCAAAUACGCAUGUUUGAAGCUUGAUCUAUAAUUGUGAAGUUCAAAGAUUUUGUGUUUAAGUUAAGUUGCUAGGCUUCACAAAUUGGACUGUUGUUUCUUCACCAGUUAACAAAGGGAAUGCAUGCCACAAACAUUGCACUAGCAAGCAGCUUAAAGUCACUCCUGUCAUUGGUCCUUAGAUUCCUGAUGAAAUAUAAUUCAAUCAUCACAUCUCAACUGUUUCAACUGUAUCUUAUCAUGAAUGAUUAAAGGCCUGUGGAAGUGUGCUGUGGUUUACAUAAGAAAACAAACCAUAUCUGUCUUCACUGACUAUUGUAACACCUAAAUACAUUAUGCCAUCUUUA